CAGGAACAUGAUGUUGAGACUCCUUAUGGGAUGCUGCAUGUGGUGAUCCGCGGGGCGCCCAAAGGGAACAAGCCUGCGAUCCUCACCUACCACGAUGUGGGACUGAACCACAAACUGUGCUUCAACACCUUCUUCAAUAACGAGGACAUGCAGGAGAUCACCAAGCACUUUGUGGUCUGUCACGUCGACGCCCCGGGACAGCAGGUCGGAGCGUCUCAGCUGCCACAGGGGUACCAGUAUCCCACCAUGGACCAGUUGGCCGGGAUGUUGCCGACUGUGGUGCAGCACUUUGGAUUCAAGAGCAUCGUUGGGAUCGGAGUGGGAGCCGGAGCUUACGUUCUGGCCAAGUUCGCUCUGAUCUUCCCCGACCUGGUGGAGGGUUUGGUUCUGCUCAACAUCGACCCCAAUGGCAAAGGAUGGAUUGACUGGGCCGCCACCAAGCUGUCAGGUCUGACCAGCACGCUGCCAGAUGUUGUGCUGCCACAUCUCUUCAGUCAGGAGGAGCUGAUGAACAACACAGAGCUGGUGCAGAGCUACCGACAACAGAUCAACAACACCGUCAACUUGUUCAACCUGCAGCUGUUCUGGAACAUGUACAACAGUCGUAGGGACCUGGAGAUGAAUCGCAGCGGGACGGUGCUCAACGCCAAGACCCUGAAGUGUCCCACGAUGCUGGUCGUAGGAGACAACGCUCCUGCUGAGGAAGGAGUGGUCGAGUGCAACUCCAAACUGGAUCCGACCAACACCACCUUCCUGAAGAUGGCUGAUUCUGGAGGACUCCCCCAGCUCACUCAGCCUGGAAAACUGACUGAAGCCUUCAAGUAUUUCCUGCAGGGAAUGGGCUACAUUGCUUAUGUGAAGGAUCGGAGGUUGAGUGGAGGGCCAGUGCCCUCCGCCAGCAUGACCCGCCUGGCUCGCUCCAGGACGGCCUCCCUGACCAGCGCCGGCUCCAUGGACGGGUCCCGCUCUCGGGCCUGCACCCACUCCGACAGCACCGAGGGGGUCGGCACAGUCACCCACACCAUGGAGGUGUCCUGCUGAAGAGCCAUAGAAGGAGGGAGGGAGGGAGGGAGGGAGGGGCUAGAGGGAUGGAGAGAGACAGAGGGUGACGGUGGGAGGUGGGGAGGUGUUUUAAAAAAAGUGAAGGAGACAGAAAGGAGGUGAAGACAGCUCUCUCUGUCGGCCAUCUUCUUCCCCCCCCCACUGUAAAAUAUCAUAUGUAUUACUACUAAACCCCCCCCACACCUUAUGAAUAUCCACUUCACCCCCGUUUAGGCGACUGGUUUCAUUCUUGUGUUUGCUAAUUGUCUCCUCAUUCUUUGCCUGCGUCCUUUCUAACCUCCCACCCCUCUUUCCUUCCCCCCCCAACCCCGGAAAAAAGCGAAGGACCUGCCUGUCAACAGUCCACACAGCAACGUGUGUGGAAGAGCCGCUGGUCAUAACGUGGUACGAGUACGAGUACGAGUAUAAGUACGAGUAUAAGUACGAGUACGUGCACGAGGUGGAGGAGGAGGAAUUCAUUUUUAGGGGCUGACAAAGAAAGAGUUGCGAGCAAAAUAAGUUUUGUUGUUGUUGUUGUUGUUGUUGUUGUACAGAUGUGUGAAUUUCUCUCUCUGUGUUGUUUAUUUCUCUCCAUCACAAGGGGUGUGUCCAGAGUUUGACGGACAGCAGAGCACAGCCUAUCGUAGUCCAGACCUGUAGCGCUUAGAGGAGAUUCGUUAGCCUGAAUAGCUUUUCACACAGACUUAGAGCUGCACUUGGUGAGAGUUCAUAUCAAACAAUUAUAAAAGUGGAAUAUAAAGCGUGGUAUCUGUGAACAGCUGCAUCCAUUCCAGUGAAUUUUAAAUAUGAAGUAACUAACGUGACUAAUGAACUUUGAUUUAUUAACAGAUUCAUAACAACACAGAGGUAGAAUUGAACUUUAAUCACUAACCUAAAAUCAGUUUCUGUGGAAAUAUCAAUAUGGUGCAUGGUGUUUAACUGAUUAACAAAUCAAAUGAAAUUACUAUUAAUAAUGUGGCAUGUGAAGUUAGGAAUAGAUUUACGCCUCAGAGAGGAAUAUUAAGUAUCUGUGGGAGAUUAAAUUACAAAGUGGGACCAUCACAUAGAAGAUAAACUGAUUCACACUAAUUAGAACAUGACGUUAAACCACACAGGACCAAACUUUCAUCCUGGAGCCGCAUCGGUGUCGUGUUGCUGAGUGCAGCUUUAAGAUGUGUGCCAUCAUUUCUUAGAAAAUCCACGACACGAGAAUAGGCUAGAAUAAAUAUUAAUGAACAUGUAUAUAUGCAUGUGAGUGCGACAUCAUGGGGCAUUGUAGUAUCUGAGUAGUAGCAGCUAUAGAGCAGAAUUUUCCAUCAGCACCAUGUUAAUAAUCAAACCACCAUCCUCAGUCUGCCAGGCUGCGUUCACACUCUGUGUUACACCGUGAGAUUCAACCUGUGCGUUUUGUCGUGUCUGUGCGAACGCAGCCUGACUCUAGUGCGUGAACGGUGUUCUGGCUGUAGUCGGCUCUUUGUGGUCUCUAACGCGACAAUCACGCUCUGACCCGAACCAAACCGGACCAGGGUGGGACCGAGGCAGAACCCUCUCUUCGUUCUGAACGGCCUUCCCUCACAGCGUCCGUCCACACGUCUGGACUCUGAGAGGGAACUCAGCCAAAGACGAAACUUCCAACACAUGCAUCAACGAGAUAUAAUCACCAGUAGGAGUUGCUAUGUGUGUAGCGUGUUGUUCGAUGUGCUGAGUAGCCAUAGUCUGGACAGUGCAGUACCUGUAUGUAGGCUCGGUUUUAGUGAAGCUGUACCGUGUUGUCUGUUCGAACACUGGACCGCCUCGUCGGUGGCGUUCAGAGUUGGCGUCCCCCUGGUAAUGUGCGUGUUCAUGUCCCAUAAUCCCCUUCAACUGUUUCCACUUUUACAAAAACACCCUUUGGUCCCCUGUCAGAAGGGGCGUAGCUUCCAAUCGCUGAGGUGCGCGCUUGCCUGAGGCGUCCUGUAAGGGGCGGGGCUUUUUUGGAGCCAUUUGGGCUCCAAGCUCGGAAUGUAGGGCAACCCCCAGCCGACGACCCCUCCCCUUUCCCAACUGCCAAAAAAAAAAAACUCUCAAGGUGCCCCGGCCCUCACAGGCGAGCCCGGCCGCCACCAUAAAGGGCUAUCAGCUGAAGUCACUUUCUAAAGUAGCGCUGGUGUUUGUGCUGUUUCUGUGCACCAGGGGGCGCCAGAGAUGAAGAGGAGAGUUUGUUCCCACAACACAGAGAGAGAGAGAGAGAGAGAGAUUCUGGAAAACAGAGAACGAAUGAAUGUCAAAGAGAAAGAAUGUGAUUUUGUCAAAGCUGGAGAUUUUUUUUUUGUUGUUGUUGUUGUUGAAGCCUGAAACUAAAAAAACAUGAAAUGAAGAUGAUGAAGAUGAUGAAGAUGAUGAAGAUGA